GCCGACACAGCCAUAGCGCUAGGGAGAGGGCAGUUUGCCCAUUUACGUGCGCGUGCAGUGUGGCGAACAAUUGCUGGAUCACAACAAGUCGAGCUUCGAAGGUAUUUUAUCAAGCUGGUCAAUUGAAUCUGAACAACAUCGCCGUGGAGCUUCCACCGUCUGCCAAUAUACCCAUGUACCCAUGCAUUGACAGCCUCGAAAGCAAAUAAACAAGCUCUUCUGACCCACCUGCAUCAGUCAAGACAAUGGCACAGCAAAAGUGGAAGAUCGCCUUCGGCUGCGAUGAGGCCGGUGUCGACUACAAGAACGCAAUCCUCGAGGACUUCCAGAAGGAUCCUCGUGUCGAGUCCGUUGUCGAUGUCGGUGUGCUUUUCAAUGCAGACAAGACCGCAUACCCUCAUGUUGCUGUCAAUGCUGCACAGAAGGUCGCUUGCGGAGAGGUGGACCGUGCGCUACUCAUCUGCGGAACUGGUCUCGGAGUCGCCAUCAGCGCCAACAAGGUUAAGGGCGUUCGCGCAGUCACCGCACACGAUUCGUACAGCGUUGAGCGCUCAGUGCUGAGCAACGACGCUCAGGUGCUCUGCAUGGGCCAGCGCGUCGUCGGCCUUGAGCUCGCUCGCCGGCUCGCCAAGGAGUGGCUCGGAUACAAGUUCGACCCCAGCAGCUCGUCUGGGCCAAAGGUCGAGGCGAUCAAGAAGUAUGAUGUCUAAUUUCUUAGCCAGUCGGCCAGUGCGCUGUUGAAGGAGGUUUUUGUCGCCGAGCCAAAGUUGAAUUCUUACACAUCGAUGCCCUCUCCUCUUCCAGGCUCGAUGCCGUACUCAAUAUUUGUGUAGACACAGAUACAAGCAAUUCAACCCUUUGCCACUGCAUUUCAACCGAUUCAAUGUAUAUCCCUGAUGAAUUCCGUUAUUACAGCAGGUUUAGAGGACGUCGGCAUUGGCAAGCGCUGAACUUAAGUCUGUGAAACUGGUCUAGCUAAGCUACACAAGCUGG